AGAAGAACCUGUCCCGCCGGAGUUGCACUCUCAGCAGUCGCGUAGUACCACUCUCUCUGCGCCUACGUUUAUGAUGGCAAGUCUCUCGAAUAAAAAUAAACGCAAAGGCUUCAAGCAAGCGAUGGCAGGAUUGUUGCCUCAGAAGAUUGUCUUCCCCGCCGAGGAGAUGAGCACAGAACGGGCUGAGGAGGCACCUCUGCCUUUCGUAGAUGUGCCUACAGCUGAAGUGGCUGCAGUUGCGCUGAAUACUCGUCUUAUUCCUCCUUCCGAGAAGCAGGAGAAGGGUCAGAUACCUGCAAACAUAUUUGUGACGAGCAUUGAUGUAGAGGGAGAUAUGCAUACGGGCAGGAAGAAGAACAAGAAGAAGGCCGCUGAGAAGAAACUUGUCGAGACGGACAUGUCGUACGAGACGGCGGAGGUUGGAAACGUGGUGCUUGAUUACGGGGAACCGGACGUUCAUCUGCCGACGCAGAGGGAUCAACCUACGUCUGAGGCUCCUUCAUAUCCUGAAGGCGACUGGAAACAUGUGGAGAAGAACUGGGCGGACCUUGGAAAGCUUACCGAACAUGAGCAGCUGCAGCCUGGUGCUUUGGUCGGCUGGAAGGCUCUUGGGAUUAACCCUGCGACGUUCACACCAGAGUUCAUGCUCAACGUAGGGCGAGUGGUCCGCGUCGGUGGUUGUUUGACUAUCCAGCCUGUACACAAACCCGGAGCAGUCGAAGUGUCGUUUGGUGGGUAUGCGGACGAAGCUGAUGUGGUGCCUCCGGAAGAAGAGACGUUCGAGUGGAACGAGGUCUACACUGGAGACUGGAAGAUUGUUUGAAUGUGCAUUGCAUCUGUUCUGGUUAUUAUAUGCUGCUAUCUUGGCUACCCAUCUCGUCGAUGGCUGCUCUUGUCUAAGUUCGGCCCGAGUAUCCGGGAAGAUCAGCUGUGGUCGCUGGAAAUUGCUUGA